AUGGUGUUCCAUGCCAUUCUCCCCAAGAUAGCCGUCCACUGGAUCAUCAACUUCUACCGGGCGGCUAAGAAGCUCCGCAGCAAUGCCUUCCAAUACUACCGUAAUUCCACCGCCAGGGCAACCACCGCCGCCGCCUCCAGGUGCACCAUCCCCUCCGCCGCCGAUAGGACGGUGCUGUGCGACUUCCACGGCGGGCUCCUGAGGUCCACCACCCUAUUCCCCUACUUCAUGCUCGUCGCCUGCGAGGGCGGCAGCCUGCUCCGGGCGCUGCUCCUGCUCUGCUCCUACCCGCUCGUAUGGGCCUUGGGCGAGCACGCCGACGCUGGUAUCCGGGUCAUGGCGUUCGUCACCUUCGUCGGGCUCAGGCCACGGGACGCCGACCUCGUGGCCCGCGCCAUCCUGCCCAAGUUCUACAUGGAGAGGCUCAACGCGCUGGUGUACGACCACCUGUGGCUGCCGGCGGGGAGGAAGGUGGCCGUGACGAGCGCGCCGAGGGUGAUGGCGGAGUGGUUCUUGAAGGAGUACAUGCCCACGGACGUGGUCGUCGGGCGUGAACUUCAGACGGUUCAGAUUGGGCGCGGUUGCUACUUCACCGGGCUGCUGCGCGGGCCAGGAGCAGGGCCGGAGGUGCUCGGAGGGGAGGGCGACAUGGCUGACGUUUUCGUCGUCGGGGCCUCCAAUCCAUUGAACCACCUGUUCAUCCCCGGCUGCAAGGAAGUUUAUGUGGUGAGCAGGGAGAGCGCCAAGACCGCCACGCUUCCACGGGAGAGGUACCCGAAGCCGCUCAUCUUCCACGACGGCCGCCUCGCCUUCCUCCCCACUGCCUCCGCCACGCUCGCCUUCUUCCUCUACCUGCCGCUCGGCUUCGUCCUCUCUGUCAUCCGCAUCUCCAUAGGCAUCGGCCUACCCUACAAGAUCAGCUUUGCAGCCGGUGCCCUCUUCGGAGUCCGCUUCCGCACAUCGGGCCGCCGCAUCCCCGAAGCAGGGACCAAACGCAGGGGCGUCCUGUUCGUGUGCACUCACCGGACGCUGGUCGACCCGAUCAUGCUCACGGCGGCGCUGGAGAAGCCCGUUCCGGCCGUGACGUACAGCCUCAGCCGGGUCUCGGAGAUCUUCGCGCCCAUCAAGACGGUGCGGCUGACCCGCGACCGAGAGCGCGAUGCCAAGACCAUGUCGCGGCUGCUGGAGCAAGGAGACCUCGCGGUCUGCCCCGAGGGCACCACCUGCCGCGAGCCUUACCUGCUGCGGUUCAGCCCGCUGUUCGCCGAGCUCGCCGACGACAUGGAGCCCGUGGCGCUGGACGCUCAGGUGACGUCGCUGUACGGCACGACGGCGAGCGGGCACAAGUGGCUCGACCCCGUGGCGUUCUUCGCCAACCCUGCCCCUUCGUACCGGGUGGAGUUCCUAGGCCCAGUGCCGCGGGAUCAAACAUGCGCCGGGGGAAGAGCCGGCGCAGAGGUGGCGAACUGGAUCCAGCGGCGGCUAGGCGAGGCGCUCGGCUUCGAAUGCACCGGGCUUCGCCGUCGGGACAAGUACAUGAUGCUCGCUGGCAACGAUGGUGUGGUCUCCAAGUAG